AUGGACAGCACAGCACAAGGCAGACCCCUCGGUUCAACGGGAAUCGAUGAGCAGAAGAUCCUCGAGUCGGAGUCCCGUCCCGUGACUCAUGAGUCCUCCGAUAAUGACUUGACACAUCUCCAUCCGCAGCUGGAAUGCGGCAUUGGACAUCGAAUGCAAGCCAGUCGGUCGGUCUUGGCCUUGGUUCUGGAUGACGAGUGUGUCUUUGCCGGUUUGCAAGGAGGAGACAUUGUGGCAUGGUCACUUGAAACGUACGAUCUCGUGCUCUCUGUGCACGCCCACCAGGAGAGCGUACUGGGCCUCUAUCUGUCCGAGGAUGGUGACCUGCUCUUCUCCAGCGGCGGAGAUUCCGUCAUCAACAUCUGGUCUACAAGGACGUUUGAUCGACUUUACUCGAUUCACUCCCAUCAUGAUGUGGGGGAUAUCUUCUCCGUGGCAUACUCGCCUAGUUUGAAGACCAUCUACUGCGGAGGUCAGAAUACCAGUAUCCAGUGGUGCGACAUCUCCGAGAAAGAUGCAGUAUCAAACCAUCAGUCGGCCGCGCAUCUAUCGAAACGAACCCAUCGGUUUUUCGAUUCACGCGGACCCGACGGGACACGCGCGCCGCGGCCCGACGCGGGCGCUGACGGUGUCCGCACAGUCAUUGAGGGAGGUCAGGUCCUGACCUUUAAGCGCGACCAGCACAAACUCUUUUCCCACCAUGGCUACAUCUACACGAUGCUCCUGGUCCGGGGGUUGCUGGAGUCAUCGCCCACAGAAGAGGUGCUGGUGACGGGUGCCGGUGACGGAGUCGUCAAGUUGUGGCGUUUGGAUCAGUCUAAAGCACCUACGGAAAUGGCUGCCCUCGAGAAUGGCGACCCAGUUCUCAAGCUUGCCGUAGACGGAUCAUUCCUCUACUGCGGUCUGGCUGGGGGCGCGCUGAACAUCUGGAACUUGGAUUCCUACCAGUUGGUCAAGCGCAUCAAAACCCAUACCGGUGAUCUGUGGGCUGUCGACAUUGUCCAGGGCAUGGUGGUCUGUGGUGACUCGAAUGGAGUCGUCAGGAAAUUCAACUCGCGGUUUGAAGAAGUGGGCAGCUGGGUUGCCCACGAAGGAACCAUGUUAGCAUCCGCAGCUGGUCGGUUCAAGGGUCGUCUCAUCUAUGCCAGUGGAGGCAAUGACAACACCGUUGGCAUCUGGGAUUUGACUGAGGCGUCAAGCACGCAGAAGGAGCUCGCACUGAUUGACAACGAUGAAAUGGUGAAUUGCCUUGCCCGAUUCGUUGCCUUCAAGACUGUUUCUGCCAGUCCGAAGUUUUCUGGGGAGUGCAAUCAAGGAGCAGCAUUUCUACGGCGACAUUGCAUCUAUCUCGGAGCCAGAACCAAGCUGUUGCCCACGGGACAAGAGACAAACCCCAUUGUCUACGCGCGAUUCAGUGCCAAUUCUCCGAAUAAGGUUGACAAGACCAUUCUGUUUUAUGGGCACUACGACGUUGUGGGUGCCGAUGCUAAUCGAACCAAGUGGACUACCGACCCUUAUCAACUUUCAUCCAUCGAUGGAUUCCUGUAUGGCCGUGGAGUAUCAGAUAACAAAGGCCCCAUUCUGGCGGCAUUGUAUGCAGCCGCGGACCUUGCGCGACAGAAGGCGCUGCCGUGCGAUGUUGUGUUCCUGAUCGAGGGCGAGGAGGAGUCCGGUUCCCAGGGCUUCCAUGAAACAGUCCGACAACACAAACCGGAAAUCGGACCCGUCGACUGGAUCCUGUUGGCCAACAGUUACUGGCUGGACGACUAUAAUCCCUGUCUGACGUACGGCCUGCGGGGUGUCGUGCAUGCGAAUCUGAUCGUCACGAGUGAUCAUCCGGAUCUGCACAGCGGUAUCGACGGAAGUGCACUGCUCGAUGAACCCUUGAAAGAUCUGUCGAUGCUCUUGGCUACCCUCGUGGGCCGCAAAGGCCGAAUCAACAUCCCAGGCUUCCAUGACCUUGUCCUGCCCCUGACGGAGGCCGAACAGCAGCGAUUUGCCGACGUAGCGAAGGUCCUGUUGCCGCGGCACCCGGAAAUCACCGAUAGCGAAGCACUGAUCAACUCCCUGAUGCAUCGUUGGCGGGAACCAUCGCUCACAAUCCACUCGGUCGAAGUCCCCGGAAGCAGCAAGAGCUCGACGACCACCAUCUCGCGCAAAGCCAAAGCAAGCCUGUCCAUUCGAGUCGUCCCGAAUCAAGAAGCCGACGAGGUGGCUGCGAACCUGACCAUGUACGCGCAGGAGCAGUUUGAUAAGCUGGAGUCGCAGAAUGACCUGACGGUGGAAAUCACUGGCAAGUCGGAUCCCUGGUUGGGCGAUCCGGACAACGAGAUCUUUGAGACGCUCUCCGAAGCGAUCACCGUGGCCUGGAGCCCGGACCAUCAGUUCCAGAAACACCAGUACCCGCCCAUCCAACGCACUGUGCAGGAGCGCAACAGCUCUCGCCGGCGGGACACGUCGGGGCUUGCUCGCAACGACUCUUCGGACAGCCUGGCCUCACAUAUCGACCGCAUCAUCAUGUCGACCACGACCUCUUCCGCCGGCAAGGACAAGGCGCGUCAACGCUCCGUGCUCAGCAAGACCGUUCCCACCUCCUCAACGUUGACAAACAAGUCCAGCACGAUCGUCUCCCCAGGUGCGACCGACGACGCCUCAUCCGAUGCGAGGUCGGCCAUUCCAGCCACGGCCACGGCUACCGGUGAUGCUCCGCCCACUGCUCGCUCGACAGUACAGCCCAUCUUCAUCCGCGAGGGCGGAUCCAUCCCUACAAUCCGCUUCCUUGAGAAGGAAUUCUCAGCCCCGGCAGCCAAUCUCCCCUGCGGACAGGCCAGUGACAACGCGCAUCUGUACAAUGAGCGAUUGCGGGUAGAGAAUCUGUACAAGAGCCGAGAGAUCUUCCAGUAUGUAUUUUCGCGGUUGCCAGAGAAGGGGCGUUCUUCCUAG